UCUUUCCGCUUCAAACCCUUAAGAGGGUUUGGGAGAUCUGGUCAACUUUCCGAAACAUCUGAAUCUUUUUACCGCCCUCCGCUCUUUCUCCGGGCCAGCUGUGGGGAGGGAGACGGGGAAGGGGAGGGAGAAGCCGAGAGCGAGAGAGCAGAGCGAGAGCGGCCGAGCCCGGGAGACCCCGAGAGCGGGCCGGCGAGGAGCGCACGACCCGCGCGUCGGGGCCUCUCCAAACUCCCCGCGCCCGCGCGCGCCCUGGCGCCCGCGCCCGCAGCGGCAUGAACGCCGAGACCUGCGUGUCGUACUGCGACUCGGCGGCCGCUGCCAUGGACGCCUACUACAGCCCCGUGUCGCAGAGCCGCGAGGGCUCGUCGCCGUUCCGCGCCUACCCGGGCGGCGAUAAGUUUGGCGCCGCUUUCCUCGCCGCGGCCGCAGCCAAAGGGCCGGGCUUCGCCGACGCCAAAAGCCGGGCCCGCGGCGGCGCGGGGCAGCAGGACCUGGGGGCGCCCCUGGAAGCGGGCGCGGGGGCGCGGGGCUCCUUUAACAAGUUCCAGCCGCAGCCGCAGCCGCCCGCCCCGCAACCGCCGCCGCCGCAGCAGCAGCAGCAGCCGCCGCCGCCGCAGCCCCCGCAGCCCCAGCAGCCGGCCCCGCAGUCUCAUCUCUACUUGCAGCGAGGCGCCUGCAAGACGCCCCCGGACGGCAGCCUCAAACGCCAGGAGGGCAGCGGCGGCCACAGCGCGGCCUUGCAGGUCCCCUGCUACGCCAAAGAGAGCUCCCUGGGGGAGCCUGAGCUCCCGCCGGCCUCGGACACCGUGGGGAUGGAGAGCAGCUACCUCGGGGUGAAGGAGGCGGGCGUGAAGGGGCCCCAGGACCGGGCCAGCACCGAGCUGCCCAGCCCGCUGGAGAAGGCCGACUCGGAGAGCAACAAGGGCAAAAAGCGACGGAACCGCACGACCUUCACCAGCUACCAGCUGGAGGAGCUGGAGAAAGUCUUCCAGAAGACCCACUACCCCGACGUGUACGCCCGGGAGCAGCUGGCCAUGAGGACGGACCUCACCGAGGCCCGCGUGCAGGUCUGGUUCCAGAACCGGAGGGCCAAGUGGCGGAAGCGGGAGCGUUUUGGGCAGAUGCAGCAGGUCCGGACCCACUUCUCCACGGCCUACGAGCUGCCUCUCCUCACCCGAGCUGAGAACUAUGCCCAGAUUCAGAACCCGUCCUGGAUCGGCAACAACGGGGCGGCCUCGCCGGUGCCAGCCUGCGUGGUGCCCUGCGACCCGGUGCCAGCCUGCAUGUCCCCCCACGCCCAUCCGCCCGGCUCCGGGGCCAGCGGGGUCACCGACUUCCUGAGCGUGUCGGGGGCUGGCGGUCACGUGGGCCAGACGCACAUGGGCAGCCUGUUCGGAGCGGCGGGGCUCAGCCCAGGCCUCAACGGCUACGACCUCAACGGCGAGCCGGACCGCAAGACGUCGAGCAUCGCCGCCCUGCGGAUGAAGGCCAAGGAGCACAGCGCGGCUAUCUCCUGGGCCACCUGACAGGCCCCGCCCCCACGCGCAGGCCCCGCCCUCGCCCCGCCCCACGCGCAGGCCCCGCCCCCGGGGUGCUGGUCCCGCCCUCGCCCUGCCCCCAGGGCGCCGGCCCCGCCCCCGCUUCCCGGGCCCCGCCUCCCACUCGGCUGUCCUCUGGGGUACCUGGCGGGAGCCGCCCCUGGGCCUGACCCUCAGCACUUUCAGCCGGACUAGGGGACAGCCCCCUCCCCACCCCUCCGCCCCACCUCCUCGCAGAGAGCCAGGGAACCCGGUUGGCAGCUUGGCCUCCACUUUAAGCUGAAGCCCCUUUCUCCCCCCCGCUCUGCCCCGGGCCGCUGAACCCCUGGUCAAGUCAAGGCUAAGCUGCCCAUUGGGACCCAGCGCGCCCACCUGGGCUGUUUCCUGUGCCGAGAAGCUGCAGCUGAAGAAUCCUGCUGUCUUGUAUGGUCCACCCCAACCCCGGCGCCCCCUCUGUUCCCACUCCUGGCCCAACCCCAGGACUCUGGGUCUGGGUGGACACAGAAGUGGAGGGGUAGUGGGAGGGGGGGAACCUGGCCCCUCUCCCGCAAUGGUAACCACCUCCUUGAAGGAGAAAAUUGUGCUUCUAGAGUGAGGAAGAGGGCGGUGGAGCUGGGUGUGGGGGGGGGCUUGGGCUACACCAGCUCCCAGGCCACCGGCUCCCCUCCUCCCCCCCCCGUAGGCACAGGCUGGGGCUUCCUGCAACUUCGGGUCUUGCUCAGGAGCAGAGGAGCAGGAGCAGAGACAGGAUUCGCUGUGGACGGGGCAUUCACGCCCAGUCAGGAGCUGCCCCAGGCCCGGCAGCCCUGGCCGGAGCCUGCAGGUGGGGGUGGGGAGGGGGGGCCUGAAUCAGCCAGGCCGUCCAACUCACUGCUCGGGGGCCCUUCCCGUGCCAGAGGUGAGGAUAG